AUGUCUCUCAUCCCAGAGGAAGAUCUAAAGCAGAUUUGGUCUUGGAAUUCCACAUCAACAAGAACCACCUUUACUUGCGUGCAGGAUCUCAUUACCGAAACAGCUCGCAAACAACCCCUUGAGCCAGCAAUAUGUGCUUGGGAUGGAGAUUUAGAUUAUGCACAGCUCCUUUUUACGUCAUCUCAAAUCUCAGAGUACAUGAAUCAGCUGGGGAUUCUGCCUGGAAAGGUGUUGCCUUUAUGGAUGAAGAAAUCGAAGUGGAUGCCAGUGACCACUCUGGGAGUCUUGAAAGCCGGUUAUGGCAUUGCUUUAUUGGACUGGAAUAUACCUCAAGAAAGACUACGUGGAAUCAUUGAAUCAUUGGAUUCUCCCCUGGUUCUGACAACAUCUGAUUCCUAUCCCAGCUUGGUAUCAACCGUUAGGCCACUAUUAGUUGACAAGCUUCGGUUCGAAAAAAAGAGGGACUGCCUGGCCGAACCGGUUAGUACCACACGACUGGAUUCUUCCAAUCAGGCUGGCACUAACACCUUCUCAUCAGCCAGGAGGGAUCAAGUUGCCGCCAUUGUGUUUACAUCUGGCAGCACUGGUUCACCCAAAGGUGUUAUACUAGAUCAGGAAUGCCUCUCAACAACCGCAGUCUAUGGUUCAAAGUUAUUUGAACUAGGCCAAGCCUCUCGUGUGUUUCAAUUUGCUUCAUACUCUUUCGACAUCAGUUUGCAUGAGACUUUGAUGACAUUGGUGGCUGGUGGUUGCCUUUGCAUACCUUCAGAAUCAGAAAGAUUGAACAACACUAUAUCGGCCAUCAACUCUUUUCGGGCCAACUGGUUGUGCAUUACUCCCUCUGCAGCUUUAGCUCUGCUGAAUGAUGCAAUUAUAUCCAUCACUCACAUUGUGUUUACGGGCGAGACAAUCACAGGCCGAAUCUGCAAAUUUCUCGAUACUUACAGAGUUUUCAGCUGGUAUGGCGCCUCUGAAGUCCCCUUGGUUUCAGUACAGAUGUUGACAAAGGACUCUUGGAGAUACUCUCAAAUUGGACCUGGGAAUCCAGGGGUAUGCUGGGUUGUAAAGCCUGACGACCAUGAAAUUCUCUGUGCGAUAGGUGAAAUAGGUGAACUUCUUGUCGAGGGGCCUAUGCAGACUCGAGGAUACUUGAAAUCCCCCGACUUAACCAAGGCUGCAUUGAUCACAGAUCCAGGAUGGUUGACUCAAGGGUGCCCUGAUAUUAUUGGUCGCAGUGGAACACUCUACAAAACGGGUGAUCUCGUCCGAUUGAACUCUGACGGUUCACUGAUGCAUAUAUCUCGAAAAGACACCAUGGUCAAGAUUCGGGGACAGCGUGUUGAACUCGGCGAGAUUGAGCGAGAGAUUUGGAAGAUAUUGGACUCAAGGCUGGAUUUUUCUAGAGAUAGUGGCACACAUAACGUGGAGGUUGCGGUACACACGAUACAAUCAGAGGGCGAUGAAAACCUCACGUUGGUAGCUUUCAUUUUCAUUGGAAAUACUACCAAAGACGAAUCUGAGAGGAUCACAAAGUCGACGCCCAUUAUUUGUGUAGCCGAUCAAUCAUUCAAGGAGUUACGGACCGAAGUUGACAGUAGAAUUCGACAAAUCUUACCAGCUUACAUGGUACCGUCUGUGUACUUCCAGCUUCAGUCGCUUCCUAUGACACCAUCAGGUAAAAUCGAUCGAGGAUUACUACGGAGGCUUACACAAAAUAUCUCCCUUGAAGAUUUAAUGGCAUGCCGGGUAUCUUCUGAGCCUUUAGUCAAGCCAAUCGACGAAACAGAGCAAGCCCUUCUUGGACUUUGGGCAAGUAUCCUUGGGAUUGACAAAAGUUUGAUCAGCACUGAUGCGAGUUUCUCGCAUUAUGGAGGUGAUUCUCUCAAAGCAACAACUCUUGCAAAAGUUCUAAAAAGAGAGUUUGAUUUGUCGACCAAAGUCCCGACGUUGACUCGCAAAGAAACGACUAUCCAGCACCUUGCGAAUCUGGUUAGCGGCAAGGCUGGGGACGAAGAACACGUUGAUAUGGCCACAGAGCUUGAGAAAUGGACGGCAGCUUUAAAAGACUCUUGUUCAGUUCGAUCUUCAACAAAGAUGCCCCUGGUCGCACCACUACAAGUUCUGUUGACCGGAGCAACAGGAUAUCUCGGUACUCAAAUUCUUAACCAGCUCAUCAACACAUGCCACAUUGGCAAUAUUACCGUCAUUGUACGCGGCGAAGGUGUUCAGCGUGCCAAACAACGAAUAGAAAAGAUCGCUCGCAUCUCUGGGUGGUGGACUAACUCGGCAUCUCGGCAUAUUGACACAUGGAUUGGUGAUUUAGCGAAACCUUGUCUGGGACUGAGCGAGGAAAGAUGGUCUCGGAUUUCUCAGUUUGAUAUAAUUAUUCACAACGGAGCAGUCGUCAGCUGGGGUACUGAUUAUCAUUCGCUUGAGGCGGUCAACGUCAAAUCGACAUUUCAGAUACUCCGAACAUGUCUCCAAUCAGAACAUCUUCGACAGCUCAUCUACGUUUCGGGUGGUGUGAAAAGGGAAAAAAACCAGCCGGUGUGGGGACAUAGAAAGAUGCUCAACGAUGCAGAUGGAUACAGCCAGACGAAAUACAUAUCCGAGCAAUUGACACUAGCAGCGGGGCAGCUUUAUCUUGAACGAGCCAGAGCUGACACUCCCCGGAAGCGAUCCAGCGGCCAAAGCCACUCUGACAAGAAUUUUACUGUUAUUAAGCCUGGCUAUAUUAUUGGGGAUAAUCUCACGGGAAUCUCCAAUGUGGACGACUUUUUGUGGAAAGUUGUUGCUGGUGCUGUCCGCAUGCAGUCCUAUCCAUUGGAUCCUCCUGAUUCCUGGCUUGAUUUAGCAGAGGUGACGUACGUAGCGAGCGUCAUCGUUCAUAAGGCCCGGAUAGCUACCUUGAGUCAAUUUUCACCAGGAGUAUCAAAUUCUAGUCCCAAUGGUGAUAGCAAUAAGAGCAACGAUAGCACCAACUCUUACAUGGAGUCUGAUGCUUCAACAUCCACCAAUGCAAACUCUAUCCUCUUUGAAGAUAUAGACCGUGGACUCCCAGUUUCUCGCUUCUGGGCCGCCGUUCAGGCACAGACCUCUAUCGAUCUCAAGCCUAAGGACUGGAGCCUGUGGAUCAAGCUUGCACAUCAAGACAUGGAACUGGAGACGGAAGCCCACCCACUAUGGGGCGUUCAACAAUUUCUAGGUCCUACACUUGGCAGCCCCUCUCCCCAUCCGAGAGAAAGCAAUCAGUACCAACAUGAUCAACAAUCAGUACUCGAGGUCGAAGCUGCAGUUCGACGGUGCGUACAAUAUCUCAUUGACGUGAAUUUCAUCUCAAUCCCGGCCAUCUCUUCACCAACGAGAAAGGGAAAACGACAAAUUAUGGAUGGUAAUACAGAAUGUGAACAGAAUGGUACAGCUCAAGAUCAAGAGAAUCGGCAUCAUCAGGUGAUUGGAAGAUCUAAGUUUAUGCGUACCUGA